AUGGAGGAAGGGCAAGCUGCAUCUGAAGUGAGUAAUGCAUGUUUAAUUCUGGAUAUGUGCUGUAAGCUUGUAAAGUAGCAAUCUGCUUUAUGAUGCACAAUGCUCAUCUUGGUAAAUUAUGAUCCAAUUUCAAGUCAGAUAAAGCUGGAGAAGAUUCAGGGCAGAUAUACCUGAUAGCAAAAAUAUACAACCGGCCUCAUGUCCACACCCUUUUAGCUCCAAAAGCACACGAGAAUGUUGCUGAAAAUGUCAGACUGUUAUUUCUUCGUUUCAGAAAUCUGUCCAUGAAUCUUGGCGUAUGUGUGCCGGUGAACAGGAGUAUGUUCAGGAGAGGAAGAAAAUUGUCCUGGAGUCUCUCACCAGUUUGGGAAUCAACUGUACAGAAGUAAGGAUGAAAAAUCUCACUUUAAGACUUAAUAUGUUUUCUUAUAGCGAGUAACUUUUUUACUCCCAUAUAUUCUUCAGUGAUCUUUAAUGAGGCUUGCUGAAGAAUCUUCAAGACACGUUACUAUUUUUUUUCAGUGUUAAUAUCAUCUUUAGUCUUCAAGAGGUGUUGUUGAGACACAGAUAUUGGCGUGAGUUGUUUCACUGAUUUUAAUAUUGGCACAAGACUUAAUGCAUCUUUAAGGUGGCCUCCAGCAAGAUACCAAAACCAUGUGGCAGAAUAAAAGGAGUCUCAAAAAAAGGUUCUGUUUGUGCCUGUAGAAGUUAUUUAUGAAGCUUAGACAGUCCAUCCAUCUAUUAUGAUGAAUUGGACAUUUUCCUGUGGCUAAAUUCAAUUAUCUCCCUGUGGGUACCAGGACUCUGUUCCCCACAUCGCUCUGCUGGGCUCAGGAGGAGGCGAGAGGGCGGCUGUGAGUCUGGUGGGUUCCCUCUAUCAGAUGGAAAAAGACGGUCUGUUGGACUCUGUGCUCUACCUGGGAGGAGUCUCUGGGUCGACAUGGUAACUAUAACCAUCACACAUCAAUUCAAGUGUGUGCAGAUAAACAGGUCUGUGUGCAGAUUUGGUUGAGUGGUGAGAUGCCUCUGAAAUACUUUGGAAAGACCACAGACUGUAUAUGGAACGGACGUCGUCUGCCUCUUCGCUGGGUGAACAGUCGCUCUGCACUACAAGAACAGUACCCUCCGCUGAUGGGCUGCUAUACAGGUCAUAAAUCCUGCCUCCUCCAGCAAGCCCUUUGGAGUUGUGGACAAACUUUAGAAAUUAAUUACACAGAAUAUAAAUGUUUCUUUCUUCUGCUUGUGAUGUUGACACAUAGUUACUAUAAGACUGGUUUGCACGGAAGAUCUCUUUUUUCUGUGCAGCUCCUUUUUUUAAAAGUUUUUAGGGAGUUCAUGUUUUCUAUGAUUGACACUUGAUACAGCCUAUGGGUGUACGAAGAUUGCGUAGCUCAGCCGGGGGAUAUGAUGUUUGAGCUGAGUGUUAUCACAGCAACUCUCGGCGACUUUCUCGCUGAAUGCGUACAACGCGACUGUGCAAGUGGUGGUUCCAGGAAGUGGAGAAAAUCCCAUAAAUACCGAGGGCAAUUCGGCUUCAAAUUCAUUAAUGACGGAAGGUGGUGCCAAGUUGUCCAUAAUAUAUAGAGUCUAUUGGACAGACCUUCAUGUCUCAGCAAGACAAUGAUGAACCACAUUCUGGAGGGGUUGCAACAGCAUGGCUCUGUAGUAAAACAGUCCUGCUGCUAAGUUGGCCAGUCUGCAGUCCUGAUGUGUCUCCUUUUAAAAGCAUCAUCAAUCAUUUUCAGUUUGUUAUGACAGUCUGCCUUUUUUUCCUCUUCUCUGUCAGGUCCAUGGCCUUUCUGUACAGUGACCCAGAGUGGAGUGUGGGGAUGGACAAAGCUACAUCCAGGCUGAUAGAAUCAGAGGUGGAGCUGGCAGAGGUUCUUUCCUGGCUGGGGGAGAAAAUGAAGGAGGAGGACUUCUCCCUCUCUGACAUCUGGGGGGUGGUGACCUCUGCCGGUAUCAUGAAACAGGUCCCUGGAGGAGAAUAGGUUCUUCCUUAUAAUCAGUUUUAGGUGUGGCGCCCUUCAGAAAGUAUCAUUAGAUGUGUGCAUGUUUUAUUAGAUGGACCUGCGGCAUCUUUCUGAAGAUACCAGGAGAAACGCAACCAACCCCUACCCCAUCUACUGUGCUAUUGAGAGGAACUGCUACACAGACGGGCCAACAGCAGGUACCUUUAACAUGACAUAUAAGCACCAGCAGAAGCUCUAAGUCACUGUGUCUAUAUUAAGGGCCUCUCUGUCUCUCAGGGAAGUGGUUUGAGUUGAGUCCUCAUGAGGCUGGAUUCCCAGAGCUUGGUCUCUUUGUUGAAGCUUCUCUUCUGGGCAGCAAGUUUGAGAGUGGAAGGCUGGUGGAGAACUUACUGGAGAUGGACAUGGUCCAACUACAAGGUGUGUGUUCAAAAUGUGUGACAACAGUACUGAAGUUGCAGGAGCAGGAUCUAUGUAACUGGACUCUAAAUAGAUAGUCUGGGUUUAUCGUAAUGAAUUUAUCCAAGGCCUUUUUUAAUAGGCCUUUUUUAAUUUAUCUAUAUCCAAUGAUGGAUUUGACUAUCAAAUAUCAAGAGAAUUAGCGUUUGUCAGCAGACACAAAAAGAUGGUGAAUACUGCUUUGUCCACAGGGUGGUGCCAAAACUGACAAACCAAAAGUUCCUCACUGAAGCUUUCAAGUUUGCUUUAAUUGACUACAAUCAUGGCUAUUUCUAGAUCUCACAUUGAGUGAUUUGAUUAAAUCAACACCAAGAAAGGUAUAUGGACUGUAUAAUAAUUAAAUAAGUAGUGCACACAUUCACAAAAUGAAAUAAUAGAAAGGAUCAAAGUUCAGUCAAAAGCUACAAAUCUCUGUACUGUUAAUUACUUUCUGUCCUCAUAAACAUCUAGAUAUACAUUUAAGUUGUAACAUUACCAUUUAUUUCACAGAUGAAUCAGUGAACCAAUUUUCUUACAAAAAAAAAAACCUGAUGAACCAGAUGUCUUCUUGAUACUGUGCAGGUGUUCUGGGAUCUGCUAUGGCUGAUGAAGGGCAGGUCAGAGAAUAUAUCCCUUCCCAUUUGAAUGGUAAAGCAUAAUUUUAAUACAAACAAACAGGAUGUAAGACAAUCUGAAGGUUUUUAAAGGAGCUGUGUGAAUUGUUCAAAAAUAAGACUUUGUGUGUUGCAGUGCCUACAAGCCUGCUCUCUGCAGGGGGACGGUACCUACAUAUGUACAUCAGCUUCUACAAAUUCGUCGCUUUGAUUCGAAGAAAUAUCAAGGACCCACGCUCUCUGUCUGACCUGGACAAGCUGCGGCAACUUCUGAUAGAAACUAGUGAUGAUGCCUAUAAACUGAACUCUCAAUAGAUCUAUCCACUGAAUCAAGCUGCAAAAUAAUUCACAUCAGACUGUCUUAUCUCCUCUAGACAGGAUACACCAAGGUGAGUUUGAAGGAUUCCAGUUGAAGAGUUUCGAAGAGAAGAAAACUUUGCUCCAGCAGUGGUCUAUGAGACAGCUGGCUUUGGUGGAGACCUGGAGCCUGGGUCUGGAGGAGGGAACCUUUAAAACUCACGGUGAGUUGAAAACAAACAGACAGGUUGGUCAGACACAAACAAACAGAUCAACUCAGUUCCACUUUUGUGUUUCAGUUACUUUUAUCAUAGAGACGGUUCUUCCUCUGAUUGUGCAGUGGGAGUGGGGAACCACCAGGAACUUCCUCAACAAUUAUGACAGUGAGAACACAGACCCUUCAAAAUUACUCAUUGAAUUUAUGAUUAUCUAACCAGCUGUGCAGGCUGGUAGCACUCCUGUCAUGCAGUGCAACACAAAACUAAAGAAAUAACCUUUUUUUCUGUUGCCGGGCAGACUCCAGCGCCCCGCUCUGCCUGACCUCCAGAGAGACUUUAAACCUGGUGGACGCAGGGCUGUUUAACAACAUCCCCUAUCCCUCAUUUUUGGGAGAGAAGAGAGACAUCGACCUCAUCAUUGCUCUAGAGUAUAGUGCAGGGGACAUGUUUGAGGUACUAAGAGUGUGCAUGUGUUAUCAGGGCAAUUAAAUGACAAUGAGAUGAAUAUUUUUCUUUGAGUCCUUAGGCAACACAUUUAUAAUAUUGAAUCAACAUGAUUAUUAAUAUUUCCACUGACAAUAUGCUAAUGUUUUAUUUACAAGAUUUAUGAUGAUAGACGGAGUUAUUGCUUCAACUUUGCUGCAGAGAAAGUGUACCAUGAAACAACUUGCACACUCUGCUCUCUGCACAGACUCUGACUCUGGCCAGAGAUUAUGCAACUGAGAUGACGAAGCCUUUUCCAGAGAUAGACGAGAAAGUUCUGGAGGAGAAAGAAUGGCCCAAGGACUUGUACGUGUUUGAGGGGAAAGAGAAGGCACCCACCAUUGUUUACCUGCCGCUCUUUAACAGAAACAACAGCAAAGGUCUGUUGCAAACCAUGAAACACUUCUAUAGAGAUAUUGUUUCUGUGUCAAAGACUUCUUGAUCACCAACAGCUUUCUAUUCUGGUCCAGAUGCAGACGAGGUCAAGGAGAGGAUGGAAGAGUAUUCCACCUUCCAGCUCCCGUACACUCUGGAGAAAGCCACACAGUUGUCAGAGAUGGCAAAAGAAAACAUGAAGAGAAACAAAGAAACUCUUCUGAGAGAGAUCAGCAAGGCUGCUCAGCGCAGACACGACAGGCAGGAAUGA